UGAUGUUGCCUUUGUGAGAGACAAAUUUAACGUUAGACAUAUAAUAACUUGAUUUUCUUUGGAUUAGCCAAGCAAAAAAAUUCCUGUAUUCAGGAAACGCAAAAGCAGAUAAUCUAACCACAGAGUGAAGUAACAACAACGUAGUCACGUGUUAAUCAGCUGAGAAAAGUCGAGUUGUAACUACUAAUUAGUGACAACUACAUAUACCGUAUCUCGUACCGUUGCCAAAUGCAGAAAUACGGUAGGGGUUUAUGAGUAGACUAUAGUGAAUUUUGCUUUAGUUGCAUAUUUUCUUCUUGACAUGUCGUCGUCUUACCUGAUUGACGGAAUUGGCGACGAGGUAACAGUAUUGUUAGGCGUUCUCGUAGCAGUUUUUGUCGUCAUAGUAUCGUGGUUGUCCACGAGAGUGAGCGAUUCCAGUGGAACCACUGAAAGUUUUCAAAAUAGUCAGCAGACAUCUGCAACUGUAGAGAAUCAGACACACAGUGCAUCAGCCCAACCAAAUGUUCCAACAGAAGCUGUCCAGACAGAAGAAUCUUCUUCAAAUUCAGAUGCUUCUGGGUCCACACAAGAUGAGUCAGUUGUGAGCAACUCAUCACCAAAUGAUGCUCCAGUAUUAAGACAUCGAAUUCUUCAUGAUGCACAAGCAUCUGCACAAACACCUCCGACACAGGAAUCACCGACUUCCUCAACCGCUGAAGGCGGUGCAAGCAUCACAAUACGUUUGAAAUUUAUGGAUGAAACUAUACAAACUGUGAAAGCUAAUCCUGAUGAGACAUUGGAAAAUUUUAUGAGCCGACAAUUCACCUCUGAUACUCGUAAUCGAUAUAGAUUAAUUUAUAGAGGACAAGUUUUGAGAGAUCAAAGCCGGACUUUGCGCCAGUUUAAUUUAGUUGGAGAUACCACUGGGGAAAAUCCAACUAUACCAAUGAUUCACUGUUUUCUGUCACCUGCUACUCCUGUCAACGAAGCAGGUGUUAACAUGGCUAGUAGUGCUUCACAACAAAUGCAGAUGGUUGCAGAAGAACUCCACAUAGGAUCUUUCAUGCUUCCAAUACUAGGUUUUGCACUGGCGAGCCUUUGGUACCUUUGUAUAUUUCACACAAGUCUGUUCUCUAUUCAGUCAAUAGUCAGUAUUGUUGGAUUCUCCUUCUUAUACAUUGCUUUAAUUGUAAACCAUGUCAUAUGACCAUAACCAUGUUCAAUACAAGAUACAAAUAUAUAUUACGUUCAUGACACUGUCAUCCUUUGUCAGGAGAAUAUCUGCAAUGUUGUCAAGUCACACAACUCUUCAAUGGUUUAUGCCCUUCCAACAUAUGAUGAUGAAAAAUUCAGAUGUACAGUAAUGAUGACUUUUAAUGCCGAAGAAAUUUGAAUAGCUGAAUAUUUUUAAGGUCCAAAAUCUUGAGAUUUUGAUUUUGCAUUUGUUUAUUAUUUAAAAUUACAAUUUUUUCCAAUCUUGAUUUAAAAUGUUGUAAGACUCAACUGGUACUGCUACUUGAAUAAGUUACUACAGUUGAGUUGCUAUAGCCGCACAAGAGGAGUUUUAUUGGAACUGCAUUUGGCUGCGAAAACAUUUUGCGGGAAGCGACACUGAUCAGGAUCGCGAUCUACAACUUGAAAAUAAUCUGUUUAUAAUAUGCUCCCUAUCAUGUAUUGCUCAUGUUCAGACGAAGCAGUUACAGGAUGAAUAUAAUAUAUUCAUCUUACGUUUUUGAGUAACGCAGUAACUGGGUCACUACAUACAUUUGGCCGACCAGAUAAGGCGCAUAAUCUAUUUUUAAAAAUAAAAAAGGAUUCAAAGUGCUGUUUAUGGUCUGUAAUAAGUUAGAUCAGUCUAACUCUCGGAUCACAUUGUGUAAAUCGGUCUUAUUCUCUUAUGAAAUUUUUCGAAUGAAAAUAUAUUUCAGCUAAGCUGAAUCAGCUUAUUAUAUUUCUUUAUGCUAUUGCACAUCCAAUCUAUUAUCAUUCUAUGCUGAUGUAUGUUUACUUGGAAUAUUGUACAGUCGCAGUAGUAGUUUCAAAGUAUAUUGUGUGCUGCUUAAAUUUGUUACAGAAUUUUGCGUUGUUAAGUUUUGCAAGAUAUUCGCCCACUACCACAGUUGUCAUACGUAAUCUACGGUACCUUAAACCAGGGCUACUUAACUGGCGGAUCGCCAUCCGAAUCCAGACCUCUUGAGUAUUCCAUUCGGACCGCACCUGUUUCUUUAUUUUGAGCAUAUUCUCAUUAAAUUUGGCUAUAUGAAAGUUUUUUUUUGAUAAGUAAAUCUUAUUUAUAUUUUUAGAGGUUAAUUUAUCAUUACAACGCUCGUCGAAGAUGGCACUGAAAUAUAUUUAGGCACACUGUGAAAUAUAUUUUCUGAAAAACGGGCCCCAAUGAUGUUAGUUUUGUUCCUGGAUCUUUGGUGAAAAUAGUUGAGUAGCCCUGCCCUAAACUGUCUUUCAAGGGAUUUUGUUUGCGAUUUUGUGCAAAUAGAAAAAUAUAAUAUAAUAAAUGUGACUGAAUUACUUGCUUCUUACUAG